UGAAUUUUCUUCUCCAUCUUCAGUUCUUGACCCAAAUUAUUUCUCCUCCAAUUCUGCAAUUCUAAUAACUUAUGGAUAGACUAGUAACAGUGGAUGCAAAAGAACUAAACCUUGUUUUCAAACCAAACCAAAAAUGUUCAACAAGUUUCAAGCUAACAAAUCUUAUGCAUACCAUGUCUAUUGCAGUUUCUGUAACCACUACAAAUCCUAAUUUAUUCUCAAUCAGUCAACCUUUUUCUGUUCUUUCACCUCUCGCUUCAUCAAAUUUUACUCUAUUUCUCGCUUUACCAUCAGAACUCCCGCAAAUUUCAUCUCCAAUUGAUUCUUUACAUGUUCGUACAACAAUUCUACCAACAGGUAAAGCUAAUCAAGAUGAUCUCCACAGAUUUUUUACAAAACCUGGUGCCUCUCAUAUCUUCAGAGAUGCAAACUUACCCAUCUCUUUUGUUGGUGAAUUUGUUGCAAGGUUCUUGAUUUCUGAACCUUGUUUUCAGACCUUGGAGAGUAAUUUUAUCUUGUCUAAAGCAAUUGGUAAUUGUACCAAAACUCAGAUUACGUCUCUUCUUUGGUAUGCUGUUGGUAAGGGAAACCCUAGGUUUGUUUCUGCUUUGAUUGAUGCUGGUGGUGAUGUGAAUUUUAGGGAUUUAUCAAAUGGGAAAUCUUUGUUGUUUGCAGCUGUUAAUUCAGCAGCGAUAAAUCGAGUAGAUUUGAUGGGUUUGUUUUGUGAGUUUGGGUGUUUGGUUAAUUCUGUUGAUUCAUAUGGUCGAACACCCAUUCAUGUUUCGGCAAUUCAUGGGAAUUUAGAUGCUUUGAAGUUUUGUGUCAGUAAAGGAGGUGAUACUGAUUGUGUUGAUAAUAAUGGCUGUACACCGUUACAUUGUGCAGCUUCCGAAGGGCGGAGGCAAGUUGUAGAAUUCUUAUUAGAAUGUUCUUCGUAUUCGAAGUACUCGAUUAAUAGUGAUGGGAAAACACCUUUUUUAGUUGCAAUUGAUAACGGGCAUUCUCAUUUACUUGAUUUGCUUAGGUUAAGCGAUGUUUUACAUAGAGCAGCAACAUUAGGAGAUGUUCAUGGAUUGAGAAGUUGUAUUGAAAAAGGAGCGAUAAUCAACAGUAGAGAUCAAAAUGGUUGGACUGCUCUUCAUAGAGCUUCAUUCAAAGGUCAAACGGAAAGCGUAAAACUUUUAAUGAGUAACGGAGCUCAAGUUGAUCUUGUUGAUGAUGCAGGUUAUACACCAUUGCACUGUGCCACUGAAGCCGGUCAUUCUGAAGUUGCUUCAUAUCUGAUAAAAAAUGGUGCUUUAGCAAAUAUGAAGAGUCUCAAAGGUGUGUCAUCAUUGAACUUGACUUCAUUUCAGAAUCAUUCUGCUUUUAAAUUCCCUUUAUGUGAAGAAAAAGAACUAGUUUGAGAUUCUACUUAUGUGUCAGGUUUGUAGUUGUUUUUUGCUUUUUUGUUCUCUCAAUGUAAUUUAUAAAGAGGUGUAAGAGAUAUCGAUGUCGCUUCGCGAGGGAGAAAGCAAACAGUUUAUGUAAUACUGUAUUAUCAAUGCAAAACUGUAUACCACACAUGCCAAAAUGGGCACUAAGCUCAUAUUUUAGAGCAUGUCUUUUAUGAGGAUUGAGGUAAUGAAUCAAAGUUUUCUUUUUUAUAA